CCGUACAAACCCGAUGAGACUUCUGAAAACCAGCAUCAUUUAUCUCUUCAUGCUCUAACUUUGCGAACUACAUCAGCUGGACAGACGAAAGGAGGAAUAUCACCGCGUCAGAUAUGUGUCUUUCUCAAAAGUCGUAAUUCACCAACUACGAUACAUAAUUGGCAAGAUGUACAUGGCUUAGGAGAGUUAACAUCCUUAUCAGCUGGGCCAUGGGUAGACAAGUCUAUCCGACUCUCGGUCUAUAUACGAGAAAUAUUCUCGGCCCAGCCACUGCGACAAUUCGCGCAUGGAUUCCUCAUGUUCGGGACGCAACUGCAGCUUUGGGUUUACGAUCGGUCUGGGCCAUAUUCAGCUGACAUUAUUGAAGUUGGGGAGAAUCCCGAGAGGCUAGUCUAUGUCAUUGCGGCGUACAUGCUAAUGAGCGAUAAAGAGCACGGUCUUGACUCGAUCAUUCAGCGUGAGAAAGGCAGGAUAAGUGUCAACAUAUAUGAUGCAGAUACGAAGAUUGCGAAGAAAAUUUAUUUUCGGUCGAAACCACUCAUCAAACAAAUGGCAAUCGUCUCUCGUGGUACGACGGUGUACAUAUCCUCUGACGCGAAGUUUGUGGUCAAAAUCUCGUGGAGAGCAGUCGGUCGGCUGUCAGAAGUUCAACUCUUAAUGAGGGCACGGAACGUGAGGGGUGUGGCGACAUGGAUUGGAUCGCGGGACUACGUCAAGAUCAGCGAUCUUCGCAGUGGACUUACUUUCGCCGAGGAGAUGAAUAGAGAUAUUCAUCCGCUUGAGAUGAAGAUGACAACGGCUGGCAAUUCAUUACAGUCAGGGUCUUCCAAUGCGGGUGAAAGCGAUGAGCUAAGCAGAGGUGUCAAAAGCAAACGAUCUUGCGUCUUGAGUGUUUCGCGGCAAGCUCUGCACAAUGCUGCUACGGCGCAAGUGCGAAAAAACGCUAAGUCAACCAGCUCGCGAAAGAAACCUGUGACGAAAACUGAUCCCAAUCCGACGACUAUUAACGCCAAUCCUGUGGCACAAGAUGUUACUCAAGAUGUGAGUCAAGAUGUGCCUCUUGAAACGCCAUCUGUCUCAAUGAGCUCGCCUGCCGAAAGUAGCUGCAGUCUCGCCGAGGUGUCGAACUCAUCUUUGGGUAAAAGACCCAGGGAUGCCGAUAAUACUGAUGCCAAAGCUCAGAUGGAAUCGGAGCCUGAUCUGAAGAAGCUACGCAUAUCGAGCAAUGUCGGGCAACCUUUAUCAGAAGCCGUAGUUGAACCUGUCUCUAAUCAGGUCAUGGAUGAUCCAAGCCCUCCAAAUGAACAGGCUGUUAAAAUGCGGAGGCGGCCCCCGAAGUCAGUAAUGGGGAUGUAG